GCCGCUUCAAUCAUAUCGUGCCAGUAUCUUUGUGCCGACAGCGCAUCCCUUUGACUGCGUAUCCAUCUCUGAUUUCCGGCGCCUACUUCUGUGUCGCUUCCAAAUAAUACGUUGCACAUCCCACCGCACUGCGGCAGCCCCAAAUCGUUGCUGGAGACAGUACAAAAAGCGCCAUCGGUUACCUGAUCACGAUCACCACCAAGCCACUGAGGACAACCACCGUACCCGCACCGCCCCUCGAGCCUCCAAGCACCCGAGGCGCAAGCAGCCUCUUUGCCUUCCGUUUGUACUCGAGGCAAGUCCCUGGGGUAUUUUGAGGAGACCUGGGCUGGUUCCAUGAGGGGGUUUGUGGCCUGAUCGACCUGGGGAUUGAGAACUCAUCACACAUUCAUCUGUACCAAUCUCGACGUGUCCAGUGACCGGCGGGAAAGUGUCUACAACGAAGGAGGAUUCUAUCUGCGAGAUCCCGCUCCCUGGGAAACUGCCGCAGCGCCACACGAACUGCAGGAUUUCCCUCUCAACAAGAUCUGUUCACUCCGAUAACCCACGAUGUCCGCGAGCGACCCAGCAGAAAAUCUGCCGCCACCGCAGCAUGAAUCGACAGAAGACACAGUCAUACAAGAUCUGCCGCCUCAAGAUGGGAGUUCAGACGGCGAGGGAGGCGAACGCACCGCACGGGAGAAAUUGAAGAAAACAUCUAUCGCAGGACUCUCACAAUACUCCAAGGCAAAGCCUGGAGUGGUUGGAGACCGCCCUGUGGGCGACGCUACCACCGUCGAGGCCUCUCCUGAAUCACAAAGCGAAAAUGGACAAGCACGAGGCCGCCCUUCCAAGAAACGAUCAUUUGAAGACCUGCAAGCCGAAGAGUCUGGCCCUGGCGUCGAGAACGGGGGGCCUCCGCUGCCGAAAAAGGCAAGCCAGCACAAGAGAAUGAGAUCUCGUGAAAUUUCGGGGAACGACGAGGAGAUACAGACUUUUGACAAACACGAGGACAUGGCGAGUCCGGUCCAAGAAGAGAGUGACGCAGAAGCACAACAGUCUCCAGGCGGGCCUGGGAUCCUAGUUUCGGCGCCCUCGAAGGAGGAGAUGGAGACAGGUGCUAGUGCGCAAGACUUGGGAGGUCUCACGGCAGAGGACGAACGACCUAAUGUUGCUCCUGGCUUGGACAAGAAGCCAGCAGCUGAAGCAAUCCCAGUCCAAACCAUUCCGUCGGCCGAACAAGCAGCCAAAUCGCUGAUCCCGACAUCGUCAGGAUUCGCCAACACGUCAACAGCAUCUCCAUUCAGCAGUUUUAAACCACCCAAAUCACCGGAGAAAGCGUCGGAGUCGAUUUUGUCUCCUGGUAGCGGGACGUCAAGUUCCGCCUUUGCUUCCUCCGGUUUAGCAGCAUUCGCAGCAUCCGAAAAGUCACCCUUUGGAGCCGUAGGCGCGACCGCCAAACCUGGUGGUGGGUUUGGUGGGGGCGGAGGAGCAAGCGGGUUCGCGUCGACUUCUGGCGGAUUCGGGGGUGCAUCACCAUUUGCAAGUAAGCCCAUGUCAGGCUUCGGCUCAGCGGGCGGAUUUGGCUCUACUGGUGGAUUUGGAGGUGGGAGCGGGUUUGGAAGUGCUGCAAAGCCACUCGGCAUGGGGGUCUCACCAUUUGCUACUCCCGCAGGAGCGGCGGGCACGUUUGGCAAAUCUAAGCCGUUCGGAGCAAAAUCAAAUGAAGAGGAGGAAGAAAGCGAAGACGGAGGCGAGCACGACGAGGCACAGCAGGCGGAGGAAGAAGCCGAACAGGAUCCGAGAUUCCGCGAGCAAGAGCUUAAUACAGGAGAAGAGGAUGAAAGAACCAUCUUCAGCUGCCGGGCGAAGCUUUACCACUUCGACAGGGAGUGGAAAGAAAGCGGUUUGGGUGAUUUCAAGAUCAACAUGCGAUUCGAAGCAAGGUCAACUGUCCAAAGCCCUGCCACAGACGGCAAGAAUGAUGGAAGCAGAGAGGGCAAGGCUGAAGACGAUUCUGGGGAAACAAAUGAAGAAGACAUUGAAGCUGCCCUUGAAGGCGGCGAACGUGAGUCGUCUGUGACUCUCGAACGUAGAGGACGACUCAUCAUGCGCGCCAUGGGCACGCACCGCCUGCUCCUCAACACGCCGGUAUUUAAGGAGAUGAACGUCGGCACGCACGACGGCAAAGAACCGAGUGGGAAGACUAUGCAUCUCACUGGACUGGAGGGAGGGAAGCCGACGGGAUUCCAGAUAAAGGUUGGUAAAGAAGAGACCCUGAGAGAAAUCUACUACAAGAUCCGAGAACUGCAGGAAGAGCUGUGAUGAGAAGAGGCGGAAAGGCCGAAGGCACCUCCUCCCCCUCCCCCUUUCAGCAUCGCAGGUCUAAAACACUUUCAAAGUCAAGCCCGGUGAAUGGCGAAGCGCAGCAUUGCAGCAGCCCGGGGAGAAGAAGACCGCUCCCACCCUCCAUGAAGAACAAUUCGGCCCUCACAGCGUCGCUCGACCUUCCGGACAGCUACAUACCUACACACAUGUCUACGGGACGUUGGCGCGCUCGGUUCCCCAUCUCCACCGAAAAGGCCUAUUGGGAGUUUGGAAUGCCAAUUUUUUUGAUGAAGAGGGACCUAGGUUGCUUGACCGGAUAAGGAAGAUCCCCCGAAGACGCGUCCUGGUUUGGAGGAUGGCGGUAUUGGCUCUUUUUGUUUUGUUUUCCAGCGUCGGAAAGGAGAAAGACAGCCUCAGGCGAAGACGCAAGACGCAAGACGCCUUCCUCGAGACUCGAGUUGGGAAUGUUUUGUGCGAGGCCCCGUCAGCUACAGUUAGGAUAGGAUAAAUCAGCACCACCACCACGACUACCAAACAGCGCACCGCCCCUCCCCUCUCCCUCUCCAAAGAAUACACUCACGAGCACGAAGAGAGUUGAAUUUCAAUAUUUUGC